AUGGCUCCACCCACUUCCAAAGCCAGCAAUGGAGAAUCUCACUCACGGAAGCAAAGGCAGCAUUGGCAGCUACUGAAGGAAAUCUCCAGAUCUGCAGGUCGAGGGGCUUCUCUGCUGCGGGCAGGGUGCGGUGACGGCAACCUGCCCCAGCCCUCCCCCUUCCUAGUGGCCCGUGGGCCUGGCGCUGAGUUCUCCAUCUCCCUCCUUGGCUCAUCACUUCACCUGCGCCGUCUGCAGGAGCGUGGAGGGCCGGGGCUGAGGCUCCAGGCGGGGACCCGCGGCGCGCGCCCGGCCCCGCCCGCCUCGCCCCGCGGGGCUGCGGGGCUGAUAAAUGGCUUCUUGGCCCCGCACGCCCGGUCGGGCUCCGCGGCAGCUCGACUCGCCGGAGUGCUUCCCCGGGCUCCGCUCCCAGCCCUGCCCGCAGUGGGACCUCUGCGCAUGGAGGAGGAGGCGUACCUGGAGCUCUGCCUGGACCAGCGCGCCGCCCAGGGUGACCUCACCCUGCCUGGGUCACCCCAACUCAGCCCAACUGUGCCUGAUGAUGUGUUCACACUUCAUCCAUCCAAUCCAGAGAUUGUGUUUAGUUCACUUUUUAAAGAAGUCGAAGAAACAUCUGGGAGUUUUUCAUCUGUGAAUCUUAGCUUCCCAUCAGGUGAACUUAUCCAAGAAAAUAAAGACCAGACUGUCAUUAGAAACAAGCAUGAAAUUGAAGACAGUUGUGAAACUCAAAGUCAGCCGUUACCCAGUGAACAGGACGUUGGCCUGGACUUACACAGCAGCAGUUGGUCAAAUUCCCAUUCACGUGGUGAUGCUGGUGAUACUGGUGACGCUGACUCAGUCCAGCCCUCUCUUGAGAAAUCAAACUCCUUGCCUCUGGCAUCCAUAACUCCCAUGACAUCAAUGACCUCUGUUUCAGAGUGUUCUGGAAUUGUGCCUCAACUACAGAAUGUAGUUUCCACUGUAAACGUGGCUUGUAAACUGGAUCUGAGGAAAAUAGCUUUGCAUGCAAGAAAUGUAGAAUAUAAUCCAAAGAGAUUUGCUGCUGUCAUAAUGAGGAUCCGCGAGCCCAGGACAACAGCCCUCAUAUUUAGCUCUGGAAAAAUAGUCUGUACAGGAGCCAGAAGUGAAGAGCAGUCUCAACUUGCAGCGAGAAAGUUUGCUCGUGUGAUACAGAAGCUUGGGUUCCCUGCCAGAUUCCUCAAUUUUAAAAUUCAGAACCUGGUUGGAAGCUGUGAUGUGAGAUUUCCCAUCAGGCUGGAAGGUUUGGUGCUAACCCAUCAGCAGUUCAGUAGUUAUGAACCUGAACUGUUUCCUGGCCUUAUUUAUAGAAUGGUAAACUCACGAGUGGUGUUGCUUAUCUUCGCAUCGGGAAAAGUUGUGUUGACAGGUGCCAAAGAACGUUCUGAGAUCUAUGAAGCAUUUGAAAAGAUCUAUCCUAUUUUAAAGAAUUUUGAAAAAGCCUGA